AUGCAGGACUUGUACUCGAACCCAGAAGCUUUCAUACCCCUGAAUGGAACAAUGUUUAUCGCGACCUACGGCUGGUACAGUGGACGCAUCACAUACAUCUAUAUUAUCUGCGUCUUCACGGUCAUCUGGGUGGUCACUGUCUUAGCUGCGGUGUACAGUCUGAUUCAUGAAUAUACCCACCCACGCACCAGUUCCGUUUUCGAUGUGUCGAACCCAGUCCAUCUGAUGAUGGCAUCUGCGGCGGGGGGACUAGAAACGCUGGCAGGAUUUGAAGAUGAUGGAGUUUCGGAGAAUGAACGUGCACGAGUGCGUCUUUUUGAUGGUCGUGAUGUGGCACCUGAUAAUGCAAUGAGAGAGAACACACGCGCUCGGCCUACUAAACCGACAUCCCGAGGUUCGAGAUUGUACC